AUGAUACGUUCAAGGAAGCAUUCCAAACAAACCAAAAAGUCUAAGGACUCUGAUGAUUUCACUGAGCCUCAUUCAAAAUUAUUACUAGAACGUUUCCCCUACACAACAAAAGAUUUUUAACUGAAAGACGUUCCUGUACUAACCAUUGAUCAGAGCUUUUUCGCUGAUCCCUUCAAAACUAUAGAUGAUCUCUACGCAAAAGGUUAUGAAAAAUUUGGAAUUGUCAAACUUAUUCUCCCUCCAGAUUUGGUGGUUCCGAACAAGAAAUUCUUUUCCCUGCUGGAGUCUAAACUCAAAGGUAAGAGAUUGCAAACUCGUAUCCAAACACUGAACACCCAAAGAGCUGGAGAGAUAUUUGGUUCAAACUCCACAGGAUUUACCGUAUAGGAGUACAUGAACCUUGCAAAUAAGUUCGAGUGCAGUCAUAAAUUGCAAGGAGUGAGGGAGGUUUCCAAUCAGAUUCGAUAGAAUGAAAUAGAGUUCUGGUCAAUUGUUGAUUAUCCGACGAAAUAUGACGAUGUCGAAGUGGAAUACGCUGCAGAUCUUCUGGCAACCAAAUAUGCCACUGGAUUUCAGGAGGGUUAGUUGGGCAAUCUCAGCGGAAUAAACAAAAAUAGGAAUUCGAUAUUCUAGGUUCUUCAAGAGAAGAAUGAAAUGAGUGGAAUCUCAGUGCCUUGGUUGUACUUGGGCAUGAAGUAUGCUAAUUUCUGUUGGCAUAAGGAGGAUCUUAAUUUAAAUUCAAUGAAUUAUAUGCAUGCCGGUGCUGCAAAGACAUGGUAUGCUAUCCCGCCCAGUUACAGCGAUAAGUUUCUUCAAUACUUCAACAAAGCAUUUGAGAACGAAAGGAAGGAGAACCCCCGCUUAUUGUACGACAUCACAUGUCAAAUCUCACCUGUAGAACUGGCUGAGAAUGGAAUCCCAAUUCUAAGGACUGAUCAACAACCAGGCGAACUAAUCUUAACAUUGGGGGCUACCUACCAUGCAGGUUUUUCUCAUGGGCUCAAUUGCAGUGAGGCUGUCAAUGUAGCUCCCACUCAAUGGCUCAAAGAGUUCGAUAGAGCAACCCAGGAAUACCGUAUGGAUGGGAAUUUAAAGAAGGUGAGUUUCCCCUUGGAGUGGUUGCUCUGCAAGGUGGCUUUGAUGGUUGAUGAGAUAAGGUUUACUAAAUAAUCGUGGUAAAAGUUAUUUGAGAAAUUCAAACAAAUGAUAGAUUAAGAAAUUAACAAUCGCAAGUGCAUACUGAGUUUGUAUGAUCGUGUUAAGACCAUUGAGUUUGUUAAUAAGUUGGAGAAGUAUGAUCGUAGUGUCUGCAAAAUCUGCUCUAAUUAUAUGUUCUUAAGUUACAUUUUUUGUGGGAAGUGUAUAAAGAAGGGAUGUAUUUGUCACCAAAGCAUUUGUGCUUGUGCUGCUCCGUAAGUAUCGCUCUAUAUUCGAUACAAUAAUGAGGAACUGUAUGCGAUGCUAGCUACAUUAGAGUCCAAGAUCAAAACAACGGGGUCGUGAUUAAAAUACUUUACAUAUUAUUUUAUAUAUAUUUUAACAGAAA